CUUUCUAUUUCAACUAAAUUUUAACAUAUUCUUCAUUAUGGAUAUUAAACUGCUUCUUCGCAUCAAUGGUCAAUUUUUAACUGUUUUGUGUGUGGCAUGACAAGUGUAAAUAAACAAAACAGCGUGGAGUGCGACUAAUGCAUUCUUAAUUUUCUUUAACAUUUUAAAAUUUUCAGAGGAGUUACGUGAAUACCUCUCCUGAAAUAAUGUGUUGUUUUAUUUUUUCAGUAGACAUGAUUUAUUCAAAGUCUGGUUACUAAUCGAAAGAACUGUGAUGAAUACCGGUCUGAAAAUAUUUUUGUCAGACGAUCCUGAAACAGCAAAUGACCAAAUGCUGCAUCAUAGCAAAGUAGUUCCUGCUGAAAUAGAAAAAUGGUUAUAUGUUUCACGAAAUAUUUAUUGGAGAAGAAAGGUUCUUUGUCAAGGAUAUGGCUAGCAGCUCACUGGGAAAAUAAACUAAAAAGAUCGUGCAUCUUUGAAAUAGAUAUUCAAAAAAGUAUCAGUGAUAUGAUUACUGCUGAGAUUAUUUUAGAUUUGAGGAUAUCAGGACACCUUCUCAUUGGCAUUGUGAAAAUUUAUUCAAAGAAAGCACAGUUCCUUUUAAAUGAAUGCAACAAUGUUUUUUACAUAGUGUCAGCUUUUCGUUCUUGUAAAAUAGAUUUACCUGACAAAAAGAAGCAAGCAUGUGUGAAAGAAAUUACUUUGCCUGAAAACUUUGAAGAUCUCAAUAUCUCGGAUAAUUCUGACUUGAUUACAAUGUUGUCAGUGAACCAAAGUUGUGUUGAAGAAAUCACAUUAAAAGAAACUUUUGAACCUCUGGCAAAUAUUAAUGAUGAGAUAGAGGGGUUCGAAUUUGAAGGUGAUACAGGACUGGACCUUAUAGAAGAUCUUCAUUCACUCUCCAAGUAUAACAAACGUAAAGUUAGUACUUCUAUUCCUUCGGAUAAAGUGAAAGAUUCUUCUCCCGAAAAAGGAACUUCUGUAAAUUACUUUGAAGUACAAAAUGAUGAAAAUGAACUUCUAGAAAAUAAUGAAGAUAUCAUUCUUCAGAAUGAAGAUGAUAGCAGUCUACAAAAUGAUGAACAUCAUUUAUUGGCUGAUAAUUCCCUGAGGGACUGCAAUAGCUCAGAUUUAAUUACCUGCAAAAAUCAGCUAAAAAAACCUGAUAUUAUCAAGGAUCCUUUAUCAUUGGAACCACUUAAAAGUGCCUGUGAAAAGAAGUUAAAACCUAAACGCAAAUUAAUCAUUGAUCCUGUAACGUAUAUAACUUAUGAAAAAAUUCAGAAGCAAAUAUUUGAGGCUUCAGAUUUGGCAGUGGUAAAUUUCAUGCCUGGAACUAAAAGAUUAAUGCACUUAAAGCAAAUUGGCACUGCUGAACAGUUAUUUCGCCUUCCAACUAUUAAUAUGGGAAAUGAAAUCUUGCAUCUUUAUCAACGAAAUUUAAGAUCUUAUAAAAGCUCAGAAUCUAUGGAAAGUUCUGAAGAAGAAGAAAAACAAGAAGAAACUUUUAGAAAAUGUGUGAAACAAAAAUCUGGAUCAAAAUGUUCGGUCCUUUGUGAAAGUAUUCAGUUGGAUGAUGACAUGGAAUCAGAGUUGGAUGUAAAUGGCUAUAACAUUUCAACUUCUCUUGAAGUGCAAUACAACAGAAGUGAUCCUUUAACGACCGAAGAAGGAGAAAUGCAUUUAGAGACAUAUCAUGAAAUAUUUGAUUCUCCUGAAGAGGAAAAUGUAUCAAAGUUUGCUAUUUUGCCUGAUCAAGAUGAAAUUUCACCGCUUCAGGUUGCACAGACAUUUUUCAGUCUUUUGAUGCUAAAAAAACUUCAAAUUGUUGAUCUCCAGCAGUCUGAACCAUAUGAUGAAAUAUUUAUUCACAGUGGGGAAAAUUUCAAUAAUGCUUAAGUAUUCAAAUGAUGAAGAAAAAUGUCAUAUGUAGCUUGUUUCAUGUUAUUUUGGUUGUAUAAUUAUUCUUAAGAAAAUAAACCAA